AUGCCAAAAAGCAAAACAACUGCUAGACUCCCAGGUAGGAGGCCUUCACGGAGACCAGCCAGAUUCACUCGGGAUAACGAGACUGAUGUUCAGGUGGAGGGGGAACAACCGAGGGAGCCCUCGCAGGCAGCCGGCAACUCUACAUUGUCUGAGGAGACUCUAGAUACCAUCGUUGAGAGGGUGGCCGACCGCGUAACACCGCAACUCAUACAGGCUAUAAGCGCCACUAGGACUAGUACUGAAGAUCCAGCAUCUCCACAGCCAAGUCAACUUUCCCAGCACAAAGUACACCAAAUGGACCCCCAAACCGAGUCACUGGCCCUAGGUCAUACUCCAAUCAAUAGCAUGCUUUUGAAAAGGUUUUUGAAGGACCAUAAGGAUAGGGAUUUGGUUGCUGAGGUGGUUGAUGGUUUUACUGAGGGGUUUCACUUACAUUAUGAUGGUCCUAGAGAAAGCAAACAUUGUCAGAAUCUCAAGUCUUCACAGGAUAACAUUGAUGCAACUUUUGAGAAAGUUUAUAAAGAAAUAAGGUUAGGAAGGAUCGCUGGCCCCUUUAUGACCUCUCCUAUUCCAAACCUUAGGUUAUCCCCUAUUGGUUUAGUUCCAAAGAAAGAUGGUACAUGGCGCCUAAUUCAACAUUUGUCGUACCCUCAUGGUUCAAGUGUUAAUGAUUUUAUUGACAAAGAUCAAGCUUCGGUUCAUUAUUCUCCUUUUGAUAAUAUUUUGAAGGUCAUCAGAUCUUUAGGUACUGGGGCACUUCUUGGUAAGAUGGACAUUAAAUCCGCCUUUAGACUUCUUCCAGUGCAUCCCUCAGAUUUAGAUUUAUUAGGUUUUAAGAUAGGGGACAAGGUUUUUAUUGAUAAAUGCUUACCAAUGGGUUGCUCCAUCUCUUGCUCACUUUUUGAAAAGUUUGCUUCACUCCUUCAAUGGAUAGUUUCUGAUCGGUCAAAACUAGCUACACUGGACCACUACUUGGAUGAUUUUAUUUUCGCUGGGGGUAGAAACUCUAGCAACUGUCAGGUAUUAAUGUCAACUUUUUCAGAAGUGUGUGCAGAAAUAGGGGUACCUAUAGCUGAGGAUAAAACUGCUUUACCAUCACAAGUUAUGGUUUUUUUAGGUCUUGAAUUGAACACUUUGGAAAUGUCAGUUAAAAUACCAAGUGAUAAGUUAGCCGAGUUGAGAACUAUGCUACUAGAAUACUUGGGUAGAAAGAAAAGCACCCUGAGAGAUCUGCAGGUUUUAGCGGGGAAACUUAAUUUCUGUGCCAGAGCCAUACCCCCUGCGAGGGCCUUUAUUAGAAGAUUGUAUGAUGUCAUGUCAGGUGUGAAAUGUCCCCAUCACUUUAUUAGAAUUACAGCAGCUAUUAAGGAAGAUUUACAGACUUGGUUAUGCUUCCUUGAUUGCUUCAAUGGGUACUGUGGUAUCGCAGAAGUUGACUGGGUAAACGAUUGGGAAUUACAAUUAUUCACUGACAGUGCAGGGGGUGAUAAGGGCAGAGGUGGUGCAGCUUUCUUUUCACCUUCAUGGGCUUUCAUUGAAUGGCCUGCUCAUUGGGUGUGCUCUGAGGUGAUUAGAGAUAUCACAUUUUUAGAAUUGGUUCCCAUUGCCAUGGCUAUCUUUAUGUGGGCAUCAAAUUUUCAGAAUAAGAAGAUUGUACUGCAUACAGACAAUGAAGGGUUGGUGGCUAUUUUAAACAGGAAGUCGUCAAAAUCUAUUAGAGUAAUGAACUUGUUGAGGCCUUUGUUGUUAAAGGCGAUGCUUCACAAUAUACAGUUUAAAGCUAGGCACAUUCCCGGUGUUCACAAUCGUAUUGCUGAUGCUAUCUCUCGGCAGAAAUGGGACAGUUUUCAGCAGCUAGCUCCAGACGCAGAGAGUCAACCAACCCCAAUCCCAGAGUCUUUUCUACAGCUGCUUUGCAACAUGAAUCUGAGCGGUUGUUGA